CGAGAAGGAAAAGGUGAAAGGAAUGUAAUCAUUUUCUGCAACGAUUUAUCAUUUUUAUUACCACCAAGAACAGACAUGGAGCCAGCUUAAUCUGGACAUGUUUGAUAAAUUGAAGAAAUAUGAGACAGUAGCAGUUGCAGCCUGGGUCAUGUCUUAGUUUUACUGAAGUGAAAGGGAGUCUCCAGUCUAUAUCUGUGAGAGGGGUGGAGCCCAUUUGCUGAUAAAUCAGAGAAUCUCCACAGGCACUUUGAAGUCUGAGGCUGGCAAGGAAAGCCAGGAUACAAUGACACAUGCAUGUGACCAAGAUGUAAAGUGACCCUGUCAUUUUCUGUGCUAGAAAGGAAUAGAAUGGCUGAUUGCCCAUCAGGAUGAUCUGUAACUAACUGCUCAGAUAAAUACACGUGGUUGUCAUAACGGCUUCACCAUGGGAGCUAACUCCUCCUUUCCGGAGAGUUCCCAACAGGUGGCACGAGCAGCUUUCUCUAGACUCGCUCAUGCUUAUACAGUGUCUGACACAGACAUAAAUGUUCGUGAGAAGAAAAAGAAAGCAUCAAAAUUUGCAACAUUACGUAAAAAGUUAACACGGGCUCGGCGACACAGCCGAUCUCUGGAUUAUGGGAAGGCGUUGCGUGACCUAACUGCAUCCUGGUCCCUGGCUGAGGUGAAGGCCUUGAUUCAGGAGUACGAAGCAUUAGCUUCUUUGAAAGAGUUGGCUCUGGCUGCCAACCUUGCAAGACCUGCAGCUAGUUCUUUUCGUCAAGAUUUGUCUAACUUGUUUGAUAAAAAAUUCUCAUCAGAUGUUGACCUUGUAUAUCGAGGGGCUUGUUUCCCAGCCCAUCGAGCACUCCUGUCCAUGCGGAGUCCUUAUUUCAGGAAUCUGUUGAGCAGAUACCCAGAUUACAACAUGCAGGUUCCCAUCAAUUUCAGAACAGCGGGUGUGGAUGUGACCUUGUUUGCAUCACUUCUUCGUUACCUUUAUACUGAUUCAAUCAAGACAGAGGAUUUAAAGCAUGAACACAAAAAAGUGCUGAUAAAAUUGGUGGAGGAGUUCGGAAUGCCAAAUCCCUUAGAACAGGAUUUAAGGAAUUUGCUAGAUUCAGGUGACUAUAGGGAUGCUGUGCUUGUGUUCUCAUGUGACUUAGUGGCAGACAUGCCAGAUCCAAUGUCUGCAUCUAUGACCGAAUCAUACACUAGCAAUGAGUUUACCUGUAAAACCACCCAGCAUGAACUCUACUGCCAUAAAGCAAUUCUAGCUGCUCGAUCACCAUUUUUUAGGAACCUUCUGUUACGGAGAGCUCGGUCAGGGGAGGAAAUCACUGAUCGUACCUUACAUACACCUACUAGAAUUGUGCUUGAUGAAUCCGUGAUUCCCAGGCGAUAUGCGAGAGUGUUACUGAAUGCAAUAUACCAAGAUACUGUUGAUUUAUCGUUGAUACUACGGGGAAGUGCAAGUAUGUGUAGCUUGAGUGAGGCGCAGGCAAUCGUGGCAGGCAAGGGACAAAUGACAAUAGUGGACGAGGCAAUGGAAGUUUACCAAAUAGGACAGUUCCUGGACUUCCCAAUAUUAUCACAGGGUUGUGAAGACAUCAUUGUAGAACACAUCAGUAUAGACAAUCUGAUCAACAUUCUCAGCUGGAGUUCGGAGCCACACGGUUCACAGUGGGUCCAUCGCCAGGCACUCCACUACCUGAGGGAGGAGUUCCUCCAGGUUGUCCAUUCUCCUGUACUUCUGGAUCUUAGCAAAGAGUACCUGAUAGAGGCACUCAGCUCAGAUUUCUUACAGGCAGGGGAGUUAGAUGUACUGACAGCUGUUCUGAAAUGGGGAGAACAUCAGUUAGUAAGACGUAUAGAGGAGAGAGAACCCAACUUACUGAGCCACACAACACACAGCAUAAGCAAGAAAGGUGUAAAGAAAAGAGAUUUAAACGACAUUGAAUUGCGGGAUAUCUUAGCAGAGUUACUUCCCCUGAUUCGCGUGGAUCAUAUCAUUCCUUAUAAUAGUGAAGUGUUAAGUGGUGCAAUAAAACGAGGUUUGGUGAGCACGCCACCCUCACACAUGUUGGGAGACGAGGCUACAGGGGGACAAAGGGUCUGUGCCUGGAUCAGAAGUAAACACAACGGCAUGUAUAUGAGGCCACGCGUCUUUACUCCGUACUUUGAAGAAGCCAAGUCCAUGCGUGAUGAGUUUCUGUCACAAGGUCAAGAUUCUGACACCAGUCGCGUACGGACGAUUCAGAUGUCGGCUAUCCCAGACACGUUGUAUAUGGUGGAUGAGGCACAGUACCCUCAGACUUUAGGUCACCAGGGUUUGACCAGUAGUUCAACAGUUGAUAUCAUUGCUGGCACCAUUCCAGUACCAGACUCCAACACGCUGAAGCUGAUGCUACAGCGAGAAGCAGAGCUGCAGAGUAGCAAGCUGUGCCAGCGUGCAUAUGGUCUGCCUUACAGUGACAGACGAGCCAUCAACUGUCAGGUCCAGCUCAGAACAGUACGAGAGUUUGGUCUCCCAGACAUCACUAUUGAAAUAUUACAAAACAGUCCAAUGUAUUAUGGUAAGAAUGAGUCGACGUCGGCAUCUCUGCAGCUAAAACAUGGUCGACGUUAUCACUCAUCACCAGUGCGGCGGAAGUCCAGUCCACCGCUCAGUCGUCACAGUUGUAAGUUAGGUAGCCCGACAAAGCCUGUGGUGCCGGUCACUCCCACUCGCACACAGCCCAGUAGGUCUAAAGAGUCCAACACUAGUCCAUGCAGUGACAGUGCCUUAAGUGACAUUAUGCCAGAUAUUGCUAUGGCAACAUCUUCUAUGGGACAAGUGCGUGUUCACGAGGAGUUUGAACUGGACAUUGGAGAUGGCAAUAGUCACCAUGGUACCAUGUACAUCUGAUCAUGUCAGCAAUGGCAAUUGUUGCCAUGGUUAUGUCUCAUUGAUGAUCAUUUAGAAAAAUGUGAAAUUAACCAUUGGCAACAGUCAUGGUGGUUCCUUGUGUAUUUGAUCAUAUUGAGUUGUGUUAGUUGUGACUGCAUGAGCUGUUGGUGAUCAAUCAGUACUGGGAUAUGCAGGUCUGUUACGUCCACACAUUUAACAGUUUUGUUGUGAAAGAGGUGAAUAAUCAUCAGAAUUAUAUUUAGAUAUUUAUAAACCUACAGAUAAAGAAGAAGUGAAAGAAAGGACAAAAUUGUUGGCUCACAGUUUUCCAUUUUCUAUUCUAGAGUAAGUGCACAUGCAGUUUGUAGGUAUAGAUAUUUCUGUAGACUGGUGAGCUUAUGCCAUACUGUGGCAGUUAUUGAUGUCAAUUUUUUUGCUAAAAAUCACUGUUUUUCAUAAGUAGAUUUGGACAAGAUGUGGUCUGAAGCAUCCUUGGAGAAAAAGGUUUAGAUUUUGUAUAAAUAAUGAACCUUGGUCCCCAGGGACUUGGGGGGCUGGGGCCCACAAAGGGAGAUUUAGAAAAAAUUUGUAGGAAUGAUUGGAUUUUGUCCAUAUUUGAUCUGAAGCAUCCUUUGGUGAAGGUCAUUUGAUUUUUAUAAAUAGAGUGUCAUAAACACCUCCUCCCCUUUGGACCAGAGGGGUGAGGUUCAACAGGGGAAGUAAAGGAAUAUAAAAUCAUUCUGUUAGUUUAAAUUAUUUUGUCUAAAUUUGGUCUGAAGUAUCUUAGCGUAAGAUGAAAAAAACACAUUCAAAUGAAAAACAUCUCUUAAAUAAUAUGGAUGGUAAAAAAUGUAUGUGAUUUAAAGUGUAAAGCUAGCUAAUUCUUGUUAAUUGUAUAUAAUAUGUUUAGUUUCAUUUGUGGCUGUGAAAAGAGUACAUGUCUUUUGUAGACUGUAUCUUUUUCAGAAUAGGUUACUUAAGAUUUUAAAUCUCUGACAAGUAACUAUUAAUGAAAUAAUUCAGAGUUUUCAUUUGAGUGUUGUAGAAGACUUCCCUUUGUUAGAAUUUCUAGAUGUCAGCGUUUUCAGACACUAGGUAUGAAUCGUGUCAGAAAUUCCUUGAUUGUUAAAUAUUUAAGUGAAAAAUGUAUACUCGCCCAAUAUAGGCCAAAAUUCACCAAUCUCUUUUAAAAAGAACUUUGCAAAAAAGUCAAAAUUGAACUACAACCGUUAUACAAAUAUACCUCAAAAUAAACACAAAUUUACAUUACUCUGUAGUAGUUUGAAAAAAAAGUUAUUUUUCAAGAAAAGAAUGAAAUCCACAAUUUUAGCUCUGUAUGUAUAGGUAUGUAAAUAACUGUAUAGUGUAUCCAAAAUAAGUUCUGUUGACAUAUUAUACUUUUGAGAUCUUGUCUUUGUUUCUGUUGGAAUGCAAUAUCUAAAUUAGGUAUAGUGAAAUGAUUGAUAUGAAUCUAAUUUGACUCCUUGUCGUGGUCACAAUGUCAGUGAUAUUUGUGCCAUAUUGAAAUUUGAUUAGGGACAUGUGUUGUGACUAGAUAUUUAUUAUUAUUAUUAUAAGUUUACAUACUGUUGUGAUUAAGUUGUAGCAUCUACUGUUUGUGUUCAAGAUUUACAGAUAAAGAAAUAUUUUUGAUUUGUUGAUUAUUUAUUUAUACAGAAUAUUGUAAACAAAGCCUGGAUUUCCAGUCAAGGUUUAUCAGUCAAUGAUAGACUAAGCUGUAAUGAACAAGUAUGUUUUCCACAGUUUUUCCAGGUUUAUACUUUGGCUGGUUUUGUUUUAUCAGUUUGAACAGAUGGACAAGGGUAAAUCGUUUCUGAAAUUAAUGAUGACCUUACUGAUUCGAUGUUACUUUCUUAUGGAUCUUGACAAAGUCUGUGGAGGCCUGUACAAAUAUCUGCAGGUUUUCCUGUUUAAUGCUAUUUUUGUUUUUUAGAAAGAAGGCCAACUUAAGCCUUUCAUUUUAUAUAUUUUAAUUCCUAGUCCAUCAGAGGGAAAAAAAGAGAAGAAAAAAUUCUAAAAAAUUGUUGAUUCUGAAACCAUUCAAAUUAAACACAAUAACGUAUUUGUUCUAAAUAAAGUGUACGAAAGUCAAAAAGUGACAGAAGAACUAUGAGACUAUAUGAAAAUUUCUGAUGUUGACCGUGUUCUUGUAUCUGUAACCAUUAAGCAUGUGUUGAACUGACAAAAUGGCAGAGACCUAUGAUUUAGGUAAACUAGAUUGUUCGAGGGUGUUCAGGUAUCAUCACAGUAAUACCUGUCCAGGUAUUGUUGUGUUACUGUAUACAUGUACACAAUACUGUAUAUACAAACCUCAGUGAUCUGUCAAUUUUAAAACUUACCUCAAGUAUAUUCAAAUAAAGCGAUCACAUUUAUUAUCAGGUAUGCCUACCAGUUUAUUUUUAAAUGUGUAGAUUACAGCCCAAAGACGUCUAUUACACCUGUAAUAGCUUUAUAAUAAACAUUCUGUUUGUGUGUUGUUCGCAACCUGUUCUCCCCAAAUAACUAUGAACUUAACCAUUAUGAUAAUGCAGGAUGAAUGCGACACGUGAUUUUGGUCAGAUGAUAUCUAUAAGAUACAGAUGGAAUUUUACCUAAUUCUGUGUGAUAUAUUUUCUCUCCUUGUGAUGGUUGUUGGUACUUAAUUACAAAACUGUAUUCUCAUUUUUCUCAUAAAAUGUUAAAUUUUUAGAUUAUUUUAAGGAAUAAAAACCAAACUUGUCAAGGUAUGAAUUGUAGUUAUUCUCAAAACUUGGGCUUCUACACUGUGUCCUUUCUUAAUAGAAUGUUCAGUGUCUAUUGAAGUAGUGAGCUGUGAUUGAAUCUGUGAUUUUCAUAAUUAGUUUGUACCUUUCUUUUUGUCGAAUAUCUGUAAUUAAGUUAUUUUAGUAAUGAUUAAAAUGUAAUCGGAAUGUUAAAUGAUGUUUUUAUCUAAAAUAUUUCAGAUUUUGAAAUAUUUGCACAGUUCUAUUGAUAAUAAUUUUAUGUAAUGACCUUUCUUGUAAAUGACCCAUCGUGAUUCAUUCAACAUUUCCCUGUAUAGUUUAUCUACAUUAAUCUGGAAAUUUUUGUUUAAUCCAGAAGGGUCACAAAUGGACAUUAUUUAUAUGGAAGGUGAUGGUAAGACAAGCUUAAACAAAAAAAUUGUGGAACGUGACAGUCAGGGAAAACAAUUUCACCAGAUAUGCAGGGUCCAAAUUAUUAAUGGACCUUAAUACUCUUAUGGUAAUACAGAGUUCAGGUUAAUAAUGGACCUCAGGAAAGGUCCAGAUUGAUAAUGGUGCUCUGGAGAGGUCCAGAUUAAUAAUGGUCCUUGGUAGAGGUGCAGAUUAAUAAUGGUCCUCGGUAGAGGUCCAGAUUAAUAAUGGUCCUCGGUAGAGGUCCAGAUUAAUAAUAGUCCUGGGAAGAGGUCCAGAUUGAUAAUGGUCCUCGGGUGAGGUCCAGGUUAAUAAUUGUCCUUGGGAGAGGUCCAGAUUAAUGAUGGUCCUCUGGAGAGGUCCGUAUCAAUAAUGGUCCUCGAGAGAGGUCCAGAUUGAUAAUUGUCCUCAUGAGAGGGCUUCUGAUUAAUAAUGGUUCCCAGGAGAGGUCCAAAUAAAUAAUGGUCCUUGGGAAGGCUUCAGAUUAAUGAUGGUCCUCUGGAGAGAGCCAUAUUAAUAAUGGUCCUUGGUGCUUUUCUUGACACACACCAUAGCAUGAUUUGAUUUUUUGGGGGCAAUGGUAAUCUUUCAAUCCAUGACAUUGUCUUAUAAACUAUGUUCAAGUUAAAAUUUAUGGAAGUAAUAUGUUGCUUCUACAUUUUCAAGAUAAAGAUUUUGUAAUGCUAGUUGAUGUUGAUUAUUUAAACAUUUUUAUCUGUUUUGAAAUUUGUUAAUGCAUCUUGAAAAGAUUGCAGUCUCUUAGUUGUUUCUAUCCAUCUCUCACAAUUCAUUUGUCUGCACUGAUCUGUAUGACAUAUGUCAAGUUUGAAUGUUUCUUGGCUUCAGUAAUUUUCAUAGUCAAAGACACUGUAAUGUAUUCAGUUUCUCAUUAUAAAUCUCUGUAAUAUUAAUCCAGCUAUCUAUAGAUGCUGACAUGGAUGAAUUUGAACACUGAAAAAAGAACAAUUCAAUCUAGUGUGUUUUAUAUCUAUCACGCUACCAAUGCAUUAGAGUCAGGAGCAAUGGUGACCAAGUGGUAAGGGCAUCUGACCAUUUCUAUCACUACUUCUCUACCUCUGGGUUGCAGGUUUGAGACCUAUGUGGCCAGGUACUGGCCGUAGGUCGGUGGUUUUUCUGUGGGAACUCUGGCUUUGCCCCACCAUCCAAAUCUAGAACAUCAUUAAUUGAUCUUGACUAUUAAAAGAAAGCAGCACUAAAUGGAUAAACUAUUUGAAUACUUCAAAUUAAAGUUUGGUCCAUAAGACAAGAGAAUGCUAGUAGCACAAUGUUGAUAGAUUUACAAUGAUCACAGAAGUGAUUCACUUUACACAAUUAAUGUACAUUCAAGUAAUUUGAUUAUUUCAGCUGGAUUAGUGAUACAGGAAAAAUCUAUCAAAAAUUUUGUUCAUAUAACAUAUAUUAUUAUAGUGUUAACUUCAAUUUAUUUAAAUGUAAACAUCUGUUAGAACAACAUUUAUGUACAUGUACAAAAGGGUAUUGUGUAAUGUAAAAUCAAGGUUAAGUACUGUACUUCUAUUUUAGAUAUUGCCAAUUUUAAGAUGCUUGUCAUGCUGUAACCUACGAUGGCUUUAUAUUCAAAAUAAAGAUCCAUCUAUUUUUGUAUAAAUAAGAGAGAUAUUUAUGUUGUUGAUUGCAUUUUGUUGGCUUCCAGUAGUAAUAAAAACUACACUCAAAUCUGAUAACUUUCCUGUACAAUCCAGUCAGAGAAUAUAGAACUGAUAUAUGUAUGUUGUUCUCAGGUUUGUUUGCUCCACCCUCCAUCUUUCUAGAAAGUUCAUGUUAGAUAUGAUCAUUUUGUCUUUUUGAAAUGCAGUCAUCUGCAUUUGGGAGCAGUUAAAAUAUUAUGUCAUUUUAUCACAAAUUUAUAAUUUUGUUUAAUGGUACUCACCAAUCAAGAUCUGCUUCCAAGAGCAGAUAACUCUGUAUUAUGAAAAGACAGAAUACAUCAAUUUGGUAUGUUUUUAUCAGUGAUUGAUAUUUUUGAAAAGAGAAAAUUUGUCAAACUAGUAUUUUUCACUAUAACGCUGAACAAGUGAUAUUUUUUAAGGUUUCAUUGCAGUUAUCUGACUAAGAAGAUCUCUGGUUUUUACACUGGAGACAAAUCACAAUUUUUCCAGGUUUAGGAUUUACAUUCAGUAGGAAAUAACAUAUAGUUUAGAUACCAUCAUUAAUUGUAUCUGUUAAUGAUAUUUUUAUUUUAGAACCAAUCUAAGCCAAACAUUAGCUCCAUUAAGAAUUUUGACUGGUUCAUGUACAUGAAAAGUCGGUCUGGUUUACCCGUUAAUUUGAAAAAACGUAAUGUCCGAGCAUGGUAUUGUGUGAGUUGGUGAAUUUUGUAAACAGAGGUAAUAUGAAGAUGUUCAAAAUAAUCAAUUUUGCUUAAAAAGAACUAUUUUAGAUAUUGAGAAAUGUUCCAGGCGUAUGAAUCUUUUAAUAAUAUUACAUAUACAGUAUUGUACGCAAGAUGUUUUUAAGCUUGCGUUUGUAUUAUAUUGUCAUCCAUGACCGACCCAUUUGUGCUUAAAAUUGUUUGUUUUUCAUUACGUCAUUACUCCCUUCUUCAUUUCCCAACCCCCAACCCCUCCCCAAGGUGAGAGAUACUUAAAUUUAUUUGUAUAAUGUUGAUGUUUUUAAAUUACUAUUGAGUUGACAUGUAAAUAUUCUAUGCCUCUGGUUCCUGAGGAGCAGAUGUGAUAACUGUUCUACUACUUCCUUGUAGUAAUUCUCAUAUCAACCUAUUUAUCAUUGCUUUAUCUGUCGCAUCAUUAAUGCAUGUCACUCUGUGUUAUUUUUGUAUAAAUUUCUUCAGUAUUUAAAAGAUGAAUAAAUUUACCUACUGUCAAAUA